UAACCAGAGCCACAGAAGUGACCACGGUGGGUCCUUAACUGCUGAGCCAACAGGGAACUUGGCUGCAGCCUUUCUGGAUCUUUGGACACCACAUGUAGCUCUUGCUGUUUUAGAAAAUUACCCUGGCUUUUGGGUGCAGACAGACCAGGGUGGGAACUUGAGAGAAGGGCUGGGUACAGGGCGCCAACAGAGCCGGGCAGCAGGUGAGGGGCGAGCCUGGGCACCCUCCCUGUGAGGGCUGUCUGUGCACCUGGGGUUGGCCACAUCCCUGCCUGGCCUCCCUUCACUCAGUGCCAAGAGCACCUCUCUCCAUCCCACAGCCUGUCUGCAGUCGCUGCCUGGUGCCCCUGGGGGCUGAGGCCCAUCAUCCAGGAGCCGGUGGAAAUGGAAGUGUGGGAACUAGUGGUUUGGGGCUGCAGACAGAAGUUUUCCCAUUGUUUUUCGCAUGAAUUGGUUUUGGUUUGUUGGGAGGGGGGUGUCUUUGUGUUUCUGUGACUUGUCACAUGCGCAGUUGCAUGUAACCAUCUGAUGGUCAAGGUGUGGCAGUUCCGACCCACUGAGGACUCGCUGGUGCUGCCCCUUUGGGACUGCACCCCCCACCCCCCGCAUCCCCUGACUGGCCCUUGCUCUGAUUUUGUCGUGUGGAGGCUGCUACAGAAAUGGAAUCACACAGGCUGUAACUCUGGGGAGCUGGCUCUUCUCACACAGCGCAGUGCCCUGCAGAGCCGCCGCCGUACCAGUAGGCAGUCCUUUUUGUUUUGGAUCUGCGCUCUGUGACGUGGGCCAAGGACACUGUCUCCCGUUGAAGGACGUCGCAGUAGUUUCCAGUUUGGGGCUAUUACGAAUACAGCUGCUGUGAGCAUCCGUGCGAUUUUCUGUGUAAAUGCCCGCGUUCUUUCCCCCGGGAAAUACCCAAGAGUGCAGUUGCUUGGACGGAUGACACGUGUAUGUUUAGCUUGAUGGGAAGCCACCACGCGGGCCUCCUGGGUGGCUGCCCUGUUGCUCUUGCAGCGCGUGCUUUUCCACCUGCUCCGUCCCUGGGGCCGCCAGUCUUCUGGGUCUUACCCUCUGACAGGACUCGGAGGUACCUCGUGGAGGUUUUACUUGGCCGGGUCCUGAUGGCCAGUGAUAUCAUAGCAUCGUUCCAUGUCCUUAUUUGCCAUCUGUAGAUCUCCGUGCGGUAGCUUCUUUUGAAUCUGCCGCCCAUUCUCUCAGGGUGUUCCUUGUUGUCUUACUGUUGUCUUUAGAUAGAUAGUCUGCGUAUGUGUGAGUCCCUUGUUGCAUGUGUGAUUUGUAAAAAUUUUCUCCUAGAAUGUGAGCGGAGGAAGAAGGGGGCUUGUCUUUCAUGUGUUAGCAGGGUCUCUGACAAGCAGACAUUUUCAUUCUUGGUGACGGGUGUGUUUUGAAGGUGGGUGCUCACGGCUUUGGGGGAUUGGGUAAAUCCUGUGUUUCUGGCCCGAGCAGCUGGGUGGCGCCCUUCGUUGCCAAGGAGAGCUCUGGAGAGGAGCUGGUGUGGGAGUCUUGUCAGAGGUCCAGCGUGGGCACAGACGAGGCAGCAGUGGGGCGGUGGGAGACGGGUCCAGCGUGCAGGAAACGGAGCUUUUGGAAUCAUUCGGGUGUCGGGGGCUGAAGGUCACAGGCCUGGAUGCACCCAGCGGAGCGUGGGUGUUGGCUGAAAAGCCCAGAAGUUCGCAUCUUGGCCGGGGACCGUGGAUGUGGGUUAGGAGGGAGGAGAGUGCCCUGGGGUGGAGAAGGAGCCCCGAGGGGCAGGCAGGGCACGGGGCCUCCACUGGUUCUGCUCCAUCCUCGGAGACUGGAGUGCUGACCGGCAAGGUAGAGGGCAGGGAACCUGAGGGCAGCGGCCUCAGAGGCGGGGGUGUGAGGGAGGAAGAAGCCAGGCAGCGACUGUCACAUGCUGCCCAGUGGUGUCCUUUCUGCCAGACCAGAAGGUGGGCAGUACACCUUGAAGAAGUAGAAGGGACAUGUGACCUCCACGUGCUGGACCCUGCCUUGGUGGCCACCCAGGUCAGACAGGGCGGUGGGCAGAGCUGGCCAUGAGCUGGGUACCCUGGCUGGAUGCACAGAGGUCGGCUGAGCCCUUGGCCGUUUACCUGCUCUCUAAUCAGGCACUGGCAGCUGGGGUGACAUCGAGGCUCAGAGGCCAUGAGUCUUUGGAGCUGAUUGAAAAUUUUAUUCUUUGAAGGUGUCCGGCUUGCAUUACUUGAAGUACAUGUAAAAUAUUCCUGAGUGAGGCCAAGGGAAUAGUAAAGGUGUUAAAUGGCAAAGCUCUCCCAAGAAUUGAGUAUCUGGCUUUUAUUUGCUAAGUAAAAAGGGUGAUGGGAUUUUUUUAAGACAAAAGGAAUGGUUUUUCUUAAAUAAGAAAUAACCACAGGAGUUCCCGUCGUGGCUCAGUCAUUAACAAAUCUGACUAGGAACCAUGAAGUUGCGGGUUCGAUCCCUGGCCUCGCUCAGUGGGUUAAGGAUCCGGCAUUGCCGUGAGCUGUGGUGUAGGUCGCAGGCGUGGCUUGGAACCCCCAGUGCCGUGGCUGUGGUCUAGGCCAGCGGCUGCAGCUCCGAUUAGACCCCUAGCCUGGGAACCUCCACUCCAUAUGCUGUAGAUGCAGCCCUAGAAAAGACAAAAAGACCAAAAAAAAGAAAGAAAGAAAAAAGAAAUAACCACAAAAUUGUUGCUUAAUGACGCAGAUGCAUUCAUGUAUUUAUCCUGAAAGGAGUAGCGCUGAUGAAGUGUCGGUUGAGCCUCUUGAGUCUGCUGAGCCUUUCCUCCUGCUGGGCUGGCCUCGGCGAUGUUUUCGCUCUCACCACCAGGGUUUCUAGGUCGCGAGACGCCUCGUUUGCGGUUUCAGUCAUUAAAGCGACUCGUAACCCACGGGAUGAGCUUGAGGUGCACAUUCAGGUUCCCGAGCACAAACAUCAAGAUCACGUUCACUGCCCUGUCCAGUGAGAAGAGGGAGACGCAGGAGGCGCCCGAGUCCCCGGUGAAGCCGGUGCAGGCCCACAUCUCGCCGCUGACCAUCAACAUUCCAGACACCAUGGCCCACCUCAUCAGCCCGCUCCCCUCCCCGACAGGAACCAUCAGUGCUGCAAACUCCUGUCCAUCCAGCCCCCGGGGAGCAGGGUCCUCGGGGUACAAAAUGGGCCGUGUGAUACCAUCUGACCUCAAUUUAAUGGCUGACAACUCACAGCCAGAAAACGAGAAGGAAGCUUCAGGUGGAGACAGCCCGAAGGAUGAUUCGAAGCCACCUUAUUCCUAUGCACAGUUAAUCGUUCAAGCAAUCACGAUGGCUCCUGACAAGCAGCUCACCCUGAACGGCAUUUACACGCACAUCACCAAAAACUACCCCUACUACAGGACCGCGGACAAGGGCUGGCAGAAUUCAAUUCGCCACAAUCUCUCUCUGAAUCGUUAUUUCAUCAAAGUACCACGUUCCCAGGAAGAACCAGGCAAAGGCUCAUUCUGGAGGAUAGAUCCUGCCUCUGAAAGCAAAUUAAUAGAGCAGGCUUUUAGGAAAAGACGGCCUAGGGGCGUGCCUUGCUUUAGAACCCCUCUGGGACCGCUCUCAUCUAGAAGUGCCCCAGCCUCUCCCAAUCACGCUGGAGUGCUCUCUGCUCACUCCAGUGGUGCCCAGACCCCUGAGAGCCUGUCGCGGGAAGGUUCACCAGCCCCUCUGGAGCCUGAGCCUGGCGCCUCACAGCCCAAACUUGCUGUCAUCCAGGAAGCCCGGUUUGCCCAGAGUGCGCCAGGCUCCCCUCUGUCUGGUCAGCCAGUCUUAAUCGCCGUGCAGCGACCACUGCCACCGACGAUCAAGCCUGUCACCUACACUGUCACCACCCCUGUGACCACUUCGACCUCCCAGCAGCCCGUCGUGCAGACGGUCCACGUCGUCCACCAGAUCCCAGCGGUGUCCGUCACCAGCGUGGCCGGACUGGCCCCAGCAAACACAUACACCGUCGCGGGGCAGGCUGUGGUCACUCAGGCGGCCGUGCUGGCCCCCCCCAAGGCUGAGCCCCAAGAGAACGGGGACCACAGAGAGGUAAAAGUGAAAGUGGAGCCUAUCCCUGCCAUUAGCCACGCCACGCUAGGUGCCGCCGGCCGGAUCAUUCAGACGCCCCAGGCCACCCCUGUCCAGACCGUCACCAUCGUGCAGCAGGCCCCUCUAGGUCAGCACCAGCUUCCCAUAAAAGCUGUCACGCAGAACGGGACUCACGUGGUGCCCAUCCCCGCCGUCCACAGCCAGGUGAACAACGCAGCGGCGAGUCCUCUGCACAUGCUGGCCACGCACGCCUCGGCCUCGGCCUCCCUGCCCACCAAGCGCCAGAACGGCGACCCGGCGGAGCAGCCGGAGCUGAAGCGGGUCAAGACCGAGGACGGCGAGGGCAUCGUGAUCGCCCUGAGCGUGGACGCACCGGCCGCCGGACGGGAGAAGGGCGUCCAGAACUAGCGGCCGGGCGCUCCCACGUCACUGUCAACCUGUGGUGCCAAAAGGAGACACUGCCUCUCGCGACGCCCGAGCGCGUGCUCCCGGUGGGGAGAGGGCCCUGCGGUGGACUCCCCUCCGCACUGGACACACACCCAGGCGGCCUUAAAACCCCUGCGCGCAGAGACCGGCGUCACCCCGACAAGACCGCGCGGCAACGCCCAGCGCGGGGGGCCUCCCGCCCAGCGCGCGCCCCGCCCUGGGGAGGACACGGAUCUGCGGGGCCGGGGCCGGGGCCCCCGCCGCUGGCGCACGAGACAGUGUUUUGUUGUUGACACGUGGAAGUAGAAUAUUUUGAGGUGUACUUUCUUUCUUUGCAAAGUAAUGGGGUCUUUGACAUUUCAGAUCACUCCAUUUCCGCCCUGGCACGCUCGGAAUCCCACGGACCUCUCGCGUGGAUUUCGUCUGGGGAGAAGCAGCGACGUGGUUUUGUUUGUUUUUGUUGUUUGUUUGCAGCCUCUGGGAUGACGGACCCUUGUCUGUCCUGCUCCAGUCAGAUGGGGCCCUUGACGACACCCGCAGGGUCUCCUCGUCAGCCCCGGGCCGCUGCUCUUGCUCCUCCUCCACGCCCACGCGGGGCACCGACCGACCGACCGCGCCACCCCCGCCGGAGGAGCCACCGGGCUCCGGAGCUGCGCUUCCUGUUUCUCUUCUCUGCUCCUUGCUGUCGUUUGUCCCUUUGUGUCGACCUUGACCCCGGCACAAUUUCCACUCUCAGUAAAACAGGUCUCCUACGUAGUGUGUAUGUUUAAAACAACAGAGCUAUCACUUCUUCAUUUGGAAAAAAGAUUUAAUCUUUUUAUCACACAUCCUCUCAGAUGUCACAGAUCUCCCCGAGGGCGUCGGCAGCGGAGGUGCCAUCACCAGCUCUCGGCACGUCUGACCCGCCGGCCGCCCGCCCGAAGCGCUGCCGAAGCCCCCCUCGCACUGGAGCAGAAGCUGCCUGUUCCUGCGGCACCUCUGGGCAAGCGCUGGAAACAUCCAGGUCGUUCUCUGACUUGUACUAGGAAAUGCCCCUCGCCUGUGAGAACUGACUCGAGGACUACGGCUCACUGCUCUCCCACCCAAACAAGAGCAGGCGGAGAGCAAGCGAAGGUGAGAGAGUCGGAGGCGGCGGCCUCGCACGGCCCUCGCCCUCCUCGGGAAGCAGCCACUCGCCUCCCAGAGCGAUCCGGGCUCGGAGCUGAGCAGCCCUGCAGGCAGAAAGAGGGCGCUGGCCUUCUUGUGAAUUUUUAAAUGUCAUCAUCAUAACGUUAUUUAUUUAAAUGUAGUUAUUUUGGUAUUUAAUUUUUUUUAAAGAGAGGGGAAAAAACCCUGUAUUUUCCUGGUGGAAUGAAACGGCUCAGAAUGGUAUAUUUAGGCAAUUUUAAAACAUUUAUUAUUUACCUAAAGACCAAAUAUGAUAAAUCUGUUCUCAGUAUUGUGUGUCAAUCCACGGUAUGGAGCUGUCACAAUGUUAUUGCAGACGAUGCGUAUUAAAAAUUAUGAAAUGACUGCACACUAGCUGGAUUUAUAACUCAGCCAUCUCAGAAAUAAAACAAAACCAUCAUGUCAACUCCAGACCACGUGUGUGACAGUGGCAAAGCCUCGCUUGCAGACUGCAGCACGGACGGGUCCGAGUGCCUCAGGCAGCAGCCUGCCUCCCAGGCACUUUCCAGAGACCUUGGAAUGUACGUUUGUGUUUCUCUUUUGACUCAGAAGGUUUGCAGUCGGCAAAAUCAUUCAGAUCACGCUGUGUCCGCGUGUGAGGUUGGGUGGCUUCACUGAUGGCCGCUGGAGCCCCUGACCGUGAGUUCUGGGGAGGGAGGUGGACGGGGCCCCCCGCGGGUAGAUGGCCUGGCCCGUGCUCCUAGGAGACACGUCCCACCACCGUCGCCUGCAGGCGCCGCCUGUCGGUGGGUGAUGCCGAGCCCGUGUGUAGAUUGUGUGGGUCUGGGGGCUCCCUGGUGGGCUCGUGGGUCGGAAGAGCGCCCGUCCUCAGAGCCCAAGAAGAGGAGGACAGGCUGCGUUGUCAGGCGCUAACGCGCGCCCUUGUCACAGGUGAGGCGGUCUCUUUGCUGCUCCUCCGUCUUGUUCAGUCGGCUUACUCACUGGCACAUAGAAAUCUCAGAAUGCCAGGGAGAGGGCAGAAAACCCCACAGAUUAACAAACCACCACACCACAGGCACUUUUUAUGUUUGAAUUUAGCCCGGAAGUCCCAGGAGCCCUGUGGCCCCCGAGCCCUGGGAGAAACAGCUGGUUCCCGUGGCCCCGGGGGAAGCCUGGUGCUGCAGAGGUCACGUCGCACUGGACCCUGCCCAGCCGCGCACGGCUGUUCCUAAGCGCCUCACUGCAGGCAGUGUCUGCUCUGACCUUUGCCAAACGUCUGCGCUCCCUCAGGGACAAGAAACUUCAUUUCAGCAGCUUCGCCCUGAACCCGACAAGACGCAAAAGGGGGACUCACGCGGGAGGCGAGUGACGCGGCUCCUCCCGGGUUCGUGCGCGGACUGAGCUUCCUCUCGAGUCGGGGGGUCUCCACUCGGACAGUUGAGCUCUCCGGACACGUCACCCCUCGCACCGUCCCCUCCCAGGACGACAGAGUAGGCCAGAGUCACGGUCAGAGGGUGGGGCCGUGUCAGGACUUGGGAUUUCUGUGCUUUGUGACACAAGGAGACAAGUGACAAUCUUCGGGUCCUAACCUCCACUAUUCUAUAAGGUAUAGUGGUGAUCUGUGUGCAAAGAUUUGAAAUUUUAAACGUACCAAGUUCCUGAAACUCAAUAAAAUAUUUUUAUUAAUUUUAA